CCCUACUCUCGUCUCCAAUGAACGGACUCUUACAGAAACGCCGGGGAAGAACGAAGUACAACCGUACUACUCACUGAUUAACCUGCACCGACUCACUAACUUGCGCUAUGAAUUUGCUUAGCCAUCUCUGGGAUGACACCGUCGCCGGACCUCCUCCCGACGACGGUCUCGGAAAGCUUAGAAAAUUUUCUACUUUUAGUUCCCGUACGGAUUCCGGCAAGGCUGCAGAAUCAGAGGCUCAGAAUCCGAACCAGAGAUCACUGACCCUGGACACAAGUGACGAUGGUAUGAGAGUGACGAAAAGUAUCAUGAUACUAAAGUCUCCUCGUAAUCAGAGCAAGGAUUCCCCUCCUCAAUCGCCGUCUCCAUCGCCGGCGGGAUCCACUCCUCCGGUAUCUCCAUUUUUCGGUAAGCUUGUGCAGGCGGGAGAGAGGCGUAUCGUUUCAAGAAGAGAUCGGCAUCAUUUGCGUACGAGAACGCCCGAGGUAUUGGACCCAGAAGUCCUCCUCCUCCUUACGACCUGUGAAAUAUGAGGCAGCCAAUGCUACCCCUUUUUCUUCUCCCUGAGGUGGUGUUGAACGUAGCAGAGAGAUACCAUGUCUUUUGUAUGUUUGCCAGAGGAUGUCGAGCUAAUGUAAAUACGUCGUUUUGUCCCCUGUCCUUGGUGUUUCCCUUUUGCAUGGUUCCGGUGGAAGUCGUCAAGUCGGUCUUGGUACAAGCUGUAAAAUAUGUAGUGUGUUUGUGCAAUAUCUAUCCUUUCUCAUUUUCAGUGUAGCGUUUUCUCCUUGACAUAGUGAAGAUUGAAGAAUAAGAGCUUGUUUUUGCUUCUUCCUUUCUCAUUUCCACAAUGUCUGCUCAGGAAAAAAGGAAUUGAGUUGCCCAAAUAUAACAUACACCAAUUUUUUUAGCAAACUUUUGCGAUUUUUUUAAUGAAUUCACUGCAAUGUGCCAAGUUGCAUGUUAGAUUAACGAUGAACAUUCAAAUUUGAAUUCCAAGUUCCAAGUUCCAACUAUUGAGAACUCCAAAACCAUGUAUGAUUUUGGCGUCCUAGGAAUUUUUUGUAAAAAGAUUUUAAAAACGACUAGUCUCGACUGUUUUUUUAA